UUCCUGCAGCAGCAGCGUUUAGGUGCUUUUCAUACAGAGGCAUUACGUACAGCAGACUCGGCAAAUCUGCACAGUCUAAUUAUCAGCGGCAAAAUGGGAUAAUCGUGAGCGUCUUUAGAGAAUUUCGUCCACGGGAACUAAACGACCAGUCGAGGAGAGUGAUUUUUUUUCUUCCAGACACAGACGUAAGCACAAAGGGCUUUGGGGAUAAAGGUGAUAAAAAAGAUAUCACAUUAUGAACGCAGGACAACUGGAAUACCUCGCCACAGUCACGGCCGGACCGUAUGAUUUGUUUAUGGCGACCAGUUUAAUUCGGAAAGCAUUCUAAGGAGUACUUCGUUCAUCCCGUGCGCUCUGGAGAACAGAUGCUGUCAUUGUGCUGGGGACCGAGAUUUGUGCGCGUGAUAUUCUGCAAGUGGUCUCGUCGGAAUGGUGCGCGAGAUGAGACUGCGCGUGCCUUUAUUGUUUCCGCGCGACAUACUCAAUAACGGUCGUUCAGUCGUUGUACAACUCGAGCCCAACGACGACAAUUUUGGCACAGAAAGACUGAGACUUCUAGUGACAAUUCCAGGGAAAUCAUGAACGAAGUGUUUUGUAAACGUUUGUAUUAAGUGUUAUUGAAGAAAUAUCCUUUAUUAUGAACGGGCACUGCCGACUUUUCAUACUUUAAUCAAUUUUCUUUUCCUUCAGCUAAAUUCCAAUUAGUUGGAGAUACUUGACCGUGUGUUUCUGACCAAUUUGAUAUUUUCAGCCUGAGCAAACACAAUGGUGGAGCCUGUGGGUUUCAUCGAAGCCUGGAAAGCACAGUUUCCAGAGUCUGAGCCUCCGAAGAUGGAGCUGAGGUCUGUUGGAGGAAUCGAACAAGAAUUGGAGAAGUGCAAAGCGUCCAUAAGACGCUUGGAAAUGGAGGUGAACAAAGAGCGCUUUCGGAUGAUCUACCUUCAGACGCUGCUGGCCAAGGAGCGAAAGAGCUACGACCGGCAGAGAUGGGGUUUCAGGAAGCCACCUCACAUGACCGAAGGGGACCCGCAAGCUGUUGGGGCCGAUUCUCAGCAUCUCCAUGCACAGGAGCACGGACAGCCAGAGCGCAGCAGGUUUCAGCCUGUGGGGGAGACCAGAGUGAAACCACGACCACCCCCUGCCAGGAAGUCGGCCUCCCACGGUGAUGGAUUGGAGCUACAGUCGUCAUUCGAGGCGCACCAGGCAGGGCCGGUCAGUGAGACCGACGGGCUCUCGCCAUCAACACAGAGGGGUGGAGUUUCUCCUUGCAGGCCCCAUCCACCCCUUGACAAGGAGUUGCCCUUGGAUCCGUCACCCAAAGACAAGCCGGGCAUGGGGCUCGGGGUGGCUGCCUUACGUUCGAACUUUGAGAGAAUCAAACGGGCCAACUCACACUCAGCCAGUGAUGGAAAAUCAGGCCAAGAGAAACCAUUUUACACCAAUGUUGAGUUCCAUCAUGACAGGGGCCUGGUAAAAGUCAACGACCGUGAGGUCUCGGACAAAAUUAGCUCUCUUGGGAACCAAGCCAUGCAGAUGGAGCGCAAAAGGUCACUUCAUUCACUUCCAGGCAACCUUGCUACGGUCGCAGGUGAUCUACGCCCCAGGCCUGUCUAUAGGGGGCGCUCUACCGAAAGCACCUGCGGAUACGAUGUAGAGUAUGAAGAUGGCGAACCCAGUCCUCGCUACAGCACUGCGAGACCGAACGGUGCCAAACCACCACCUCCACCUUGGCAGCCAUCAGAUUUCCAGCCAUACACUAGUGUUUACGUCGGAGGGAUGAUGUCAGGAGAAAGUGGUGACGGUAGGGUCACUAUGAGAGACCAUGGAGGAAGCGACGACCAUCUUCUCACCUGGCCCAGGAGGUCAUACUCGCCUGGAAGUUUCGAGGAUGUGGGAGGCGGAGGAGGCGGAUACACGCCAGACUGCAGCUCCAAUGAGAACCUGACAUCCAGUGAGGAAGACUUCUCCUCGGGACAGUCCAGUCACGUGUCGCCCAGCCCUACGACAGCCUACCGCCGCCCACUCCGAGAGAAGAGUCGCUCACCUUCUCAGAACUCCCAGAAUUCUCAGCAUUCGUUUGACAGCAGCAGUCCCCCUACACCGCAGACACAGAAACGACACAGGCAGCAACAUGUCGUGGUGUCUGAGGCCACCAUUGUGGGCGUAAGGAAAACAGGACAAAUCUGGCCCCAUGAUGGAGACUCUAUUGCCUCCAGUCGGGCUUCCCAUGACAACAGUUACCAUGGAGAUCUAGAUCAGUAGCAGUGUCCUUUGGGGUGAAGAGCGAGUGAGUCACGGCGAAAACAAGAGGCAGGGGAUGACAGAAAACAGAAAGUUCUCCGACAAAUACCCAGGAAAACAUCA